AUGUCGUCCUGGCAAACAAUUGAAAAUGAUGCGGGGGUUUUCACACAGCUAGUCAAAGAUCUAGGCGUGGAGGGCGUGCAGUUCGAGGAGGUACCGCUGGUGGAGCACCUUGCCACACUGAAUUCGCCACUGUACGGCGUGAUCUUCCUGUUCAAGUACGAACGCCAAAACUACGCGGGCGAGGCACCAGUGCAGGGAGAGUUCGAGCAAGCGUGUCCCGAGGGCCUGUUCUUCGCGCAGCAGACGAUUCCGAACGCGUGUGCUACGCAGGCCGUGCUCAACACGCUGCUGUCGAUUGGCAACGACCACCGAAACAGCAUCCGGCUGGGAACCGUGUUGUCCGAUUUCCUGCAGUUCACCGCGGGCUUCAGCGACCCCGCGCUCCGUGGCGAGACCAUCACCAACUCUGUCGCGAUCCGCAACGUCCACAACUCCUUCACAAGCCCGGACCCGUUCGAGCACGAGGAGCCGAGCCCGUCCGCCCAGUCGAGCGAGGCCGCCUUCCACUACUCUGGCUUCGUCCCGUACAACGGCUACAUCUACGAGUUAGACGGGCUGCACCCGCGCCCGAUCAUCCACCGGGCGUACGGUGCCAACAACGACGACCCAGCGGUCUUUGCCGCAAAUCUCGCCGCGCUACUCUCCGCCAGGAUGAGUAUGGUCGCCGACAGCAGCUUCUCCGUGACCGCAAUUGUGCGUGACAAGCUCGAGCAUCUGACCGAACAGCUCGACGCCCCCGACGUCGACGACGGCCGCCGCUUCUGGCUGCAGGACCUGAUCCAAGACGAGCUACGCGUGCGCGACCGCUGGGCCAAGGAGAUCGCGCUGCGUCGCGACGGCCUGGUCGGCCUUGUGUACGCCGUCUUCAAGCAGAUGCUCGGCUCUAUGUCCGACGAUGAGUUUGCCCAACGCCGCGCAGCGGCUGCUGCCCGUACCAACGAACGCGAGAGGCGCCGCACGUGCUAG